AUGCCACCGGCUUCAAGAUUGUCAAAUAAAUCGUGCUCGCAAGGUUUAUGCCUCAUAUUGCCAGCCAGUGGCGUUAGAGAACCAUUACAUGUGUGCUUCGCAGGAGAUAUGUGCCCUCCCGGAGGCUACUGCCUGGCUGGCGCAACAGAAGUCACUCCAUGCUCACCUGGGUUUUACAAUCCUAGAUAUGGUGCUACAUCUGCCGCUGCUUGCUUGCAUUGCCCUUUCGGCUCAUAUUGUAGCGGCAGUGCAGUGACUGAUGGAGGUAUUACGGGACCAUGCAGAGAAGGUUACUACUGUAAAGAAGGGUCAGCGAACGACCAAGCCUAUCCCGCACCACAGGGCUCGUUUGCUCCAAUGCGCAGUAGCAGUCCGAUCCUCUGCUACCCAGGGACAUUUCAAAGCGCUCAGGGCCAGGCCAGCUGUCGUGCAUGUCCUGCUGGAAAGUACUGUCAGAGGAUUGGAAUGACUGAUGGGACGGUGUGCCCAAAAUCAUCAUAUUGUCCAGAGGGGUCUGUAGCCCCUGAACUUUGCCCUGCAGGAACCUAUUCCAGCAAAGAGGGCUCGCAAGUCAGUUCGGAUUGCUCUCCUUGCUCUGAAGGAAAAUAUUGUGGAGCGAAAGGCCUUAUGGCUCCAUCUGGAGCCUGCCAAGCUGGAUUUUACUGCGGCGGAGGAAGCGCCUCAUCUGCUCCACAAGUAACUUUGUAUAUGCCGCCAAAGUUUUGUGCUUGUAGCUCUACCGCGGAAAGGGGCCAGACAAAAGCAGGCAAUAUAGUAGUAGUGUGUGGGCUUUGCGCUUUGUUUAACACAAGCUUCGUAAGUGUUUUUUUUCAGGCCCAAAAUGGGGGUAACCAGGUGUGCCCAGCAGGACACUACUGUCCAGCUGGUAGCCGAGAACCUUCUCCAUGCCCAAAAGGGACCUAUCUUGGUUCACAGCAGGCACAAAGUGAAGCUGCAUGCCUUCCUUGCAAUCCAGGAAUGUGA